AUGACUAUUCCUUUCACUUUUAUUUCUUGGAAUUGCAGGGGUGGCUUGUUAAAUCAUCGAAAACAGCAUUUUGUUCAGAGUUUGGUCAAUAAAUACCACCUCUCUUUUUUUGGUUUGUUAGAAACUAAAAAGGAUACGGUUGAUGCUUUUCUUGUUCGUAAGCUAUGGCCGAAUUUAUAUUUUGAUUUUGCAUGGGUCCCGUCGGUUGGUCCUUCAAGCGGUCUUCUUGUUAUUUGGAAUACGAUUAUACUUCAGAACACUGUGAUUGUUUCUGGGUCGCGCUGGAUUUGCAUGGAUUUUACUUUUAAUUCUUUGCCCAUUCGUCAUAUACUCGUUUACGCGAGUAAUCUAGCAUCAGAAAGAUUGUCCCUAUGGAAUGAGUUGUUGCCUCUAUCGAUAUACACGGGGCUGGUGUUUAUAAGCGGAGAUUUUAAUGAUGUUUUAUCUCCUGCUGAACGUUUCCUAUGCACAGAUUUCUUGCCUUCUAUGAUAGCUUUUCGCGACUUCCUAAACGUAGCUGAACUAGUAGAUCUUCCGCUACAAGGUCGCUCCUUUACUUGGCAAAAUUCGUUCUCAAAAUCUAGAAUCGAUAGAUGUUGUUCCUCUCUGUCGGCUGUCUACGCUUGGAGCUCUAGUUCAUUAACAGCCCUGUCUAGAGGGUUAUCUGACCAUGUUCCUAUUUUAUUCCAAUCAAAUGUCAAAAUUGAUUGGGGCCCAAAACCUUUUCGUUCGAUUGAUUCGUGGUGGGAACAUUCUGAGUUUAGUAGCUUCGUUAAGAGCUCUUGGGAUUCUCUUGAUUCAACUACAAAUCCUUUACCGCUUGUUCGAAAACUAAAGCAACUUCGAGAAAGGAUCAAGACGUGGAAUACGGAUGUUUAUGGGGAUCAAAAUAAGAAGAAAACUGAACUCUCUGCAGAGGUGGCACAGCUAGACAUCAUUGCUGAUUCUAGAAGCCUUUUAGUUGGGGAAAUAGAGCGUUUAGCUGAUAUAAAAUCCCAGCUUUGA